GCUGGCGGAACCAACGUCAUAUUAGUAUUUCCACAAAGCUAUGACUUAUUUCCAGGCAGCCAUCUUUAGUUUUGGAAUGCUUGGGCCGCAAAGGCCGCCGGGAAUUGUUAUCCCAAAGCGCCUUUUCCCUCUAGGCUCGCUAGGGGGCGGGGACUACGGCCAAUCGGAUUCCGACUUUGCCUCCGUUAUUCCCGCCCCUUUGGCGGCGUGGCCAAUGGGUGGAAAGGGAGCUCGGGGAAAGCGGAACUAACGGGCUGAGGGAGCAGCGGGUAAGCGGGAAGAGCGGGGAGGCUCUUAAAGGGGACACCGCUAUUAUUAUUAUUAUGAGAUUUAUGGGGUUUGGCCCCUGAGCAUGUGCAGAGGGCCGCGUUCCCGCUCUCCCUUUCUCUUUCCACAGACUUUGGGUCACGCCUGAGACCAUGACGGGACGGGCCUGAUGCGCCUGCGCGGAAGCCUGGGCCUCUUGAGGGGUCUCUGCGGACAAGGCCGGACCAUGGCCGCACGAAGCAAUGGCGUUACUUCCGGGGUCAAGGGGGAAGGGGAGGGGGGCGACGUCACGGCGGGAAUCAUCAUCAUUGGCGACGAGAUCCUGAAGGGCUACACGCAGGACACCAACUCCUUCUUCAUGUGCAAGGCGCUGCGCUCGCUGGGCGUCCGCGUGGCCAGGGUCUCGGUGGUGCCGGACGAGGUGGCGGCCAUCGCGGGGGAGGUCUCUUCCUUCUCGGCCCGCUUCUCUUAUGUCCUGACCUCGGGCGGCGUUGGCCCCACGCACGACGACGUCACCUUCGAGGCCGUGGCCCUGGCCUUUGGGGAGCAGGCCGCCCCGCACCCGGAGAUGGAGGCGCUGGUGGAGCGCUUCUUUGGCCGGUCCGAGGCCGCUGGGACCGGGGCCGCCAAGCUGGCCCGCCUGCCGCCCUCCGCCGUGCUCCACUACGGCGUGGACAAGGCCACCGGCCAGAAGCUGCCCUUCCCGCUGGUCAGCGUCCGCAAUGUCUACGUCUUCCCCGGCGUCCCGUCCCUGAUGCGCAGGGCCCUCGAGGGGCUGGGCCACCUCUUCCGCAACACGGAGACCUGCUUCCGCUCCCGGGAGAUCUUCCUGAAUGCCGACGAGGCCCAACUGGCGCCCCUCCUGGACCGUGCACAGGCCAGCUUCGGGCGGCGCACCAGCCUGGGCUCCUACCCGGACUGGGCCAGCAACUACUUCCGGGUCAAGCUUACCCUGGACUCCGACUCUGAGGAGGACCUGGAGGAGGCCUACGCGCACCUGAUGGAGGCGCUGCCCAAGGGGGCCGUGGUGCCCGUGGUGGCCGACCCCGUCUCCCGGGCAGCCGAGGAUGUGUCCGCGCUGGCAGAGUCCGGCUCCCCUCUCGGCCAGAAGGUGGCGGCCGCCGUCCGCACCAUCGAGGAGGCUUUGGACCGCUACCCUCUCUCUCAGCUCUGUGUGGGCUUCAACGGGGGCAAGGAUUGCACUGCCCUGCUCCACCUCUUCCACGCAGCCGUCCAGAGGCGACACCCGGGAAGAACAGAGAAGCUGAAAGCGCUCUACAUCCGCACCGUCUCUCCUUUUCCCGAGAUGGAGGAGUUCAUCCGAGACACAGCAAAACGGUACAACCUCCAGGUGUGUGACGUCCACGGGAACAUCAGGGAGGCCCUGGGGGACCUGAAGGCCCAACAUCCAGAGCUGGAGGCCGUCCUGAUGGGCACCCGCCGCACGGACCCCUACUCCUGCACCUUGUCGGCCUUCUGCCCCACGGACCCGGGCUGGCCCCCCUACAUGAGGGUCAACCCCCUCCUGGACUGGACCUACCGGGAUAUAUGGACCUUCCUCCGCAGCCUCUACAUCCCUUACUGCAUCCUUUACGACAAAGGGUACACUUCCCUGGGCAGCAUGAGCAACACCCAGAAGAACGCGGCCUUGCGCUACACGGACGCCUGCGGGCGGGAAGGCUACAGGCCGGCCUAUGAACUCGAGAACGAGGAGGACGAGCGCACCUCCCGCCAUUGACCUCAGCCACGUGUGCCCUCCUCCCCCGGUCCUGGAGAAAUAAUAAACGCAGCCCAUGAGAUCUA